ACAUAUUCUAUUCCAAAAGCAAACAUUUCAUGUUCAUGUCCUUAUAUUCUAUCUCCACUUCUUUUCCAUUUCCAGGCCAGAAUAUAAUCUUCUUCCCUGUACAGUUACUUGGAUCAUUUUAGGGUUUCUGUUUCUGUAUAUGGGGGCUGGUUUUUCUAGUUUAGCAACUGAGAAAAAGACUGUAACUCAUCCCUCAAACCCUAAUAUAAGUGACUUACCAGAGAGCUGUAUUGCUUCAAUUCUUUCUUGUUUGGAGCCUUCAGAGAUCUGUAAAUUAGCACGUUUGAAUAAAACAUUCCACCAGGCUUCACUAGCUGAUGUUGUUUGGGCGUCGAAGUUGCCUGAAAAUCAUGAAAUUCUUGUGAAAAAGCUGUUCAGUGAAGAGGGAUCCUCAGAGAGCUUAUCCAAGAAAGAAAUAUUCUCCAGAUUGUGUCGUCCCAUUCCCUUUUCUGGCGACACCAAGGAAGUUUGGCUGGAAAAUAGUAGUAGAGGGAUUUGUGUUGCCAUUUCGUGGAAGGGAUUGAAAAUUACAGGAAUAGAUGAUAGGAGAUAUUGGACUCAUAUCUCCACAGAUGAAUCCAGAUUUCAUACAAUUGCUUAUCUUCAGCAAAUGUGGUGGCUAGAAGUGGAAGGCAACCUUGAAUUCGAGUUUCCGGCCGGAAAUUACAGCCUGUUUUUCCGAUUGCAGCUCGGGAGAGCUUCAAAAAGACGUGGCAGUCGGCGAAUCAUCAAUAAUUUAGAACAAGUCCAUGGCUGGAAUAAGCCUGUCCAGUUCCAAUUAGCAUCAUCAAAUGGCGAGCAUGUGGCAUCAAAGUGUUAUUUGAAUGAGGCUGCAGGGAAAUGGAUGCACUAUCAUGUAGGAGAUUUUGUUGUUGAGAAUUCUUACAUCCCAACAAAACUCAACUUUUCAAUGGCUCAAAUUGAUUGCACGCACACAAAGGCUGGGCUUUGCUUGGACUCAGUGUUCAUAUUCCCAAUUGAGACCGUGAACAAGUUAAAACAAUUUUAGUGCUGUCUUUGACUGACAAAGAAGUUCCACUAUACAUUCGAGUUAAAUGGUCGAUGAAUUCUUACUGGUUGAAUGAAUGUGACAAAGUCGAGAAUGGCUUUUGUAGAUAAAAAGAUUCUCUUUUAUUUGAGUUGACCCACAAUAGAGCUUUUCACCGAAAGGAAGUUAACUUUUGACAGUGAGUCCCAUAUGAGGAAGUUGGCUCUUGGGAUAUGUUGUGUAUCAAUAAAGGCUUAAAAUGUAUUCUUCAGCUUGUACUAACAUGGAUGUAAUCUGCAAGGAACUUGUACAAAAUGUAAAACAAAAAAAUUACGAACUCAAAACUUGUGGGGAAGGAUAUUCAAGAUGCUUUUAAACUCUUUUGAGUCGAUUUAUGAUUGAUGGUAGUGAAUUUAUGCGGUGUAUUUACUAUAUUGCCUGAUGGACGGAGUCUUAGAUAUGAUAAAGAGAGGCGGGGUGGGGUGGGGGAAGAAGAUAAGUAGAAUCCAAUUCAUGUUCACAGUUCAUACUAAUACGAAGGAUAUGUUUUUGUUGAAGUUCCGUGAAAGCUUCAAAGAGUUUAUGGCAUAUCUUAUGCAGACAAGAAACGACUGAAGGUGACUUUCUUCGUUUUUAAUUAUUUCCCUUUCCUGAAUAUGAUUCUUUCUUGCAGCGUAUCUUUUCAUUAUUGGGUUAAUGACCUGAGGAGAUGAUUCAAUUCACUGGAUGGUGUAAUUAUUAAAAAGCUUUUGACUAUCUAUUAAGAAGUAGCCAAAUGUAUCUUUCUGCAAAACUAACAUUUAUCAUCAGUAAUUCCUCAAUUUUUUGAUGUCAUUCCACAAUUCAUUGAUGUCAUGAGAGUUGGCUUCAAUUGCAACUGAAAUUUUAAACCUUCUAUGAUUAGUGUCCAUAAAGUAAUUCCUUGACUUUUUGUACGUUCUGUAUGAUGGCUGGUAGGUUUGGGUUGUUUAAUUGCAGAGAAAAUCGAAAUAAGUUGUUUAUCAUCGUUGAGCACGAUCAGUGGUCGUGAUAUCAUGCUUUAAGGGCAACUCUUACAGGAUACAAGGCCAUGCUGGACGAAGCAAAGAAAUAUGACCAUCAAGUAGUAUUUUGACCACAGAGAACUACAAGGAAAAUAUGUUUGUCUUUGAGGUUAAAAUACUACCUGAUGUCGAGAUUCUGACGACUAUAUAUCUGAUUUACUCUGUUAGAUGUCUAGAUAAUCUCGAAAUGAAUAGAAAAUGUUGAGAAACAAGAAUUUGGACUUAAGCCAAUGAAUUAUCCUGGCCACUGUUUAAUAUUUGAUCAUGGAAUCGUUCAUUCCAGGGUGAGCCUGAAUGUGCCAUGAGCUUUGCUGUAUAUUUGAUUGAAAUCUAUGAGGGAUGAUGUCACCUUUUGUUGCCUUCGGCGAGGAAAAAGUUCAAAACAAGACACGCUUUGGCAUAUUGAUAUAGUUGGAAGUAAAGGAUUAAAAUCAUACCCGAUGCCCACAAUUGGGCUCUACUGUUUCCUUUUUUUCUCACUGGGAUGACUGACUUUGCAUCAAUAUCAAGUUUAACGAUGCUAAUUCCUCUUAGAUGUGGGUUUGGUAUUUUUCCAGAAAAAAGUUUUGGACAACCCGAAAUGCUGUGACAGUACAAGUGUCAUUAUCCUUGUCUUUACCAGUGUAAAUAAAUAUAUAUUGGCAUUGAAAAGGUGCUAAUAAAUGUAAAUGCAAGCUUGUGACGUACAAAAGAAACAGUUUCCCAACAAUUAAUGUUCUGCUCUUUGUUUGGCACAAUCUUGGAGUACUGCUUCUGGAUCUCGUCAAAUUCUGUGUCAAUCAUCUUUUAUGCCUUUAUUAAUAGUAGGUGCUGUAAUGAAUUUUCUUUGUGAAGUUCUUACCCGCUUGACUUCUUAUAGGUCGCCGAGCGAGUGAGAGACAAUAAUGAUUCUAUCGUGAAGAGUGUUGAGGAA